AAGAGAACACAUGGCUUACCAGCUUACAAACUUAUUCCUCGUAGUGGUGGGCGUCUGCCUGACCGCCUCACUUCCGGUGGAGCCACAGUCGUGGCUCUCCCUCGUGGAGCAAUUGCUCGAGAAAAUGGUGCGAAUGGAGCUUAACGUGGAUACAAUGCACAAGGAGAUGACGCAGGCACGUGACCAGGUUACUUCUGGCCUGAGGGAUGUGGACGCUAUGAAGCAGACAGUCGGGGCUCUGCAGACGUAUUUUACUGACAAUAUUAACAAAUCAGACACUGUUGUGGCGUUCAACGCUCACACGAUUGUGGACAAGUCACCGGCUACUGGCCAGGUUCUCGUGUUCAGCAAUCCUCUGUUCAACAUCGGGGAGGCGUACGACAGUGGGGCAGGAAUCUUCACGGCACCCGUCUCCGGAGUCUACUUCUUCUCCGCUCACUUCUGUGUUUAUGUAUCUAGGCAUUGGCACUACGCUUUCAUGAAAGAGAAUGACGUCGUUGUGGUAAAGGGUCACAAGUAUGACGGUCACGCUAACGUGUGCGAGACGGCGAGCGCCGUGGUUCUCCUACUGCAGAACGAGAGACUGUGGAUAGAGUGUCGAUCAGGAAGUACGGAAGAUCUAUUCUACAGUGAUUCUUAUCGUAGAAGUUCCUUCUCUGGGACCUUGCUCCACGGGGUAAAUGGAUACCCGUAGGAAAGUGAGGAUGGUACAUGCAUGGAAGGUUAAAAGUGUAUUAAACCAAUUAGUAUCAUAAUGGGAACGAGAUUGGGUCAUGAAGGGAUUGUGAAUAUUGUUUAGUAAAACGAACAGUAUCGUUGUGUUUAAGUGUUUUUAAAGGCACUGGCCAUUUGAUAGAACCUUACGUUACAACGUAAACCACAGGUUAGAUGUAAUGUGCAGUUUACACUUUGUCAUAAAGCCUGUUUAAAAUAAACAAAACGCUUGUA